AUGACGGGCUUUUACAUGCAGUAUCUGGAGAGCCUCUGCCGGCGUCGUGGAUGGCAUGAACCUAUGUAUGAGAUUUACCGUGAGCCUGAUGGCUAUACUUGCCUUGUUACGGUGAAUGGCCGCGAAUACCAGACCGAUCUCGCCUACGAGACCGGUCAGUUGGCACAGGAAAACGCCGCUAUGCGCGCCUUCAUGGUGUGCAGACACUUUUCCGUCAAUGGCGGCAUGCUCGCCCGCAAUGGCAUUGUGCAGGGGUUGCCCGCAGGGGAGUCGAGCCUGAAGACGCGCAAGGGCAGUCGCCAACUUGUCGCAACCAGCUAUGGCCACAAGAGCAGGUCAGGAUACCACUCCAGCAACAGCUCGACUGCCUCGUUGGAGUAUUCAUACCAGUGA